AUGAGGCAAUCCAAACGUAAAAGGAUCCACAAGUUGCAUUAUAACCUUGAUGAACUAAGAGACCUUGAGAGCAAACUAGUAUUAAUAACAGGUAGAGAAGCAAAGGAAAGGAAACAAGCUGACUUUUUUCUUAAUGUUUUCCACAGUGUAUGUAGGAUCACUGAUGUUCUAAUAGAGUUACAGCAACAUGGCAAUGACAAGUAUAUUGGAUGGACACUAACCUUCUCUUGUGCAUUGGAUGACAUUGUAAACUGUCUUCAGGUCAUAGCUAGUGCAUUGGAGGAGGAUCUGCAAACUUGGAAAUGUCUACUUGCUCAACAAAGAGAUAAUUUUUAUGAACUCAAUUAUUUCACAACUCCUCAACUUCUGACCCUGAGAGAGGAAUUAGGUCAAUUCAAAGGAAGUGAAGUACCAGCUAGACCAAUCAAACAAGAAGUCAUGACUCUACUGCAGAGCAUCUCACAUGACUUAUCUUCUGAUGCCAUCAAAAAUGAAGUUCAAACAGUUAAUGGUAUACUUGCCGAGCAGCAAUAUUUGCAAGAUCAAUUAUUUACUCAUAGCGAAUCAUCAAAGUCUUAUUUAUCAGGUUAUGUAUAUCCUCUUUCCAGGCUACUAGAUAAUGCAGCUGAGUUGCAUACGAAUAGAGAAUCAAUAGGGAACAGAGACUCAGUGCCAUUAACUAAACCAAUAGUAGAAGCAGUACUUAAGACUGUGACCCCCUCAGGCCCUCAACCUAAGCUAACAGAUGAAGAUUUAACUGACAACCAGAAAGCAAUGGUAUAUGAUCUAAAGGAAGAGUUUGGUUUUCCAAAGAAACUCAUUUUUCUUGCAUUUGAAAGAUGCGAGAAGCCAGGGAUACAAGAAGCAGUAAUAGAGUGGUGCAUUAUGAAUGAAGAGAAUUUUAACUUUACUGAUAGUGAUGCUGAAAGUGAAACAGAUACUGAAACAUAUGCUGAAGAUGAAGAUGAACUACAUUCAGAAAAUAUGGAUAUUAAUGUUGAAGAGGCAAUUGCACUGAAUGAACCACCUUACCUUCCUGGUUCUUAUUCUGCUCUUGAAAAGUCCUUUGAUAGACCUGUAGAGACUUGGACUGAAGUACCUCCUCUUGCAUCACAUGCUUCCUCUCAUUUUUCUCAUCCUCCAGCCUCUUGCCCAGCUAGGAUAAAAGUAGUUGAUCAAGUACCCAUCAGUGAGGAUCGCCCUGUUGUUAGAGGUCUGAUUGAUUCUGGUUUUACUGUAGAAGAGUCAUUAGCUGCUGCUGAGCAACAUCCAGACAAUAUAGAAAGAGCAAUGGCUUCCCUAAUGGAGGGUCCACCUGAAUGUGGUGAACUGUUUGCUCCAGUACCUUAUGAUAGUGUCUUUGAGAGACAUGAUAGCAUUGGAGAAUAUGAUAGACAAAUCAGUGCAGACUCUGAUGAGCUACAAAACUUGGUAAUCACAAGUAGUGAGGAAACUUCAGCUGAAAAUUACCUCACCAUACUGGCACUGGGUAUGACUCUACAACAACUUUCUCAAAGUAAUAAACCUACUGUUGGCUUGCGAAGGAAAUUUCCUGAAGGACUAAAAAUUGGUGAACCUAAUCUACUAGUAACCCCUCCAGAUAAAGUUUUUAAAACUGUCCUUUCACUAUACAUGGAGAGUAAAGACCUUCCCAUGCCAACAUAUGAAGAAGUUCUUAUUUGUAAUGAGAAUACAACUGAGGAAGAAGUGACUCUGUUGUGGAGGAGAGCUAUGGGAGAUCCUAACCACUUUAGAAUAUUCUGUCUAGUACAUGCUGAACUGCUCUCUUAUCAAGUCUGUGAUAAAGCAUUGAAAUCACUUUCUGAUUGUUCUUAUGCUAUAAAUGAUUAUAGGCUAGUAAUAGUAUGUAGUGGUGAAGAUCUUGACAAGUCACAUAUGAUAUCGAAACUUCAAUUUUUCAAGCAACAGCUGGAGGCAUUUCAUUGUGAUGAUGAUUACAAACAAUAUUUGAAGUUUCAUUUUGUGCAAAAUCCUAACACCUUAGGAAGAAGAGUACUUGCUUCUACUAUUGACACAGAAAAUUCAUGUGUACGUGUGGUGACAUCUGAUAGAACAGGAAUGGGUAAAUCACUGUAUAUUCAAAGAAUGAAGGAGGAUUUGAGAAAAAAGUGCUAUGGAAUCCCUUCUGAUGUUAUUAUACCAGUUCACGGUCCUAAAGUUACUAGUGACAGUAUUGUUCAGUUGUUAAAAAGUAGUGUUGGUAGUAAAGACACUAAUCAAGCGAUUAUAUUUCAUCUUGAUAUUUCACCAAAUGUGUUAAGGCAGGUUGAUUCAGUAUUGUUCUCAUUACUGAUACUACAAGCUGUAUCUGACAGUCAGGGAAAAAUCUGGAGAUCCUUCAUUUCUCAUUUAUAUGCCAUUGAAGUAUCUGUGUUACAGAAUAAUAUUAAGUUUGCUAAGCCAACAGUUGAACUACUUAAGCUUCUUCCUACAGUUCAGUGUUUGUCUCCUAGAUCAGUCUGUAAUGUGCUUGAAGGAGGAAGAGGAGAUGCUUUUGCUCAAUUAAUAGAUGAAAAGGAGUUUAGGAGUUCACAUUUUCAACGUAGUAUUUGA